AUGUUAUCGGCAACAUACCAGAAUGGGGAGCCGUUUAGUCCGGCCAAGGUUCAUCCGCUCCUGUCCCCACAGGCGCCCAACUCAAGUUUCUCCGACCUUAACCCCGUCGAUGCCGAUGCCUCAUUUAAUAAUCCCACCCGCCCAGAGUCUCCACAGCCUCCGCAGACCAGCGUCCACUGCCCCCAGGACGCGCCGUAUAAUGCAUCGGUAGUAACGCAAGAAAUUGGCGGUACGCCCGCUGCAACACAAGAUCCAGCCAGUCUGACAUCGGACGAAUCCUCCCGCAACGACGACCCCACCGUUAUCACCAAGUCCUCGUCCAUCGAGAACCUCUCCGUCCUCCCGCGCGUGCCCUCUUUUGGCGAGCAUCGCAUCCGGAAGCACCGCAAGAACGCCUGCUCCAUCGACUCUGCGAUCCCCCGCCAGACCAUUCUUAAGGCGUUGCAGUCUCGGCCACCACCAUCAUCGACGUCACAGUCCAUGGACACCGCUAUAAUGGAGAGCGCAGGGAAGAGUGCGCGCUCAAAGAGCAUCACGCACUCGCAACUCGCAAAGGCGCUCAACGAGCUGGAACUGCACUCGGCCGACCUUUCCGCCAGCAAGAUGGCUGCGCUCGCAUCACCAUGCUUCUUCCACAAGAAGUUUGACAAGGCCGUGAACCUUGGAAAGGUCAUGGAAGAGAUGAGCGAUGCCGAGGACGACACGAUAUCGCAUUCGAGGCUCAUGCAGACGGCGAACAGCGUCCGUGAGGUCUCGAAGCAGUUGCAGCGCCGACCCAUCAAGAUGACGGUGCGCAAUGUCAUGAUUGUCACCAAGGCGCGCGAUAACAACCUUGUAUACCUCACGCGCGAAUUGGCAGAAUGGCUCAUGACGACCUCCCGCUACGGCUCAGACGUGGGAGUGAAUGUCUACGUAGACCACAAGCUGCGCAAGUCGAAGCGCUUCGACGCAGCCUCAUUGUUGGCCAAGGACAAGCGCUACGAGAACAUGCUCCGCUGGUGGACACCAGAUCUAUGCUGGGAAACCCCUGAGAUCUUCGACCUUGUCCUCACUCUCGGUGGAGACGGCACCGUACUCUUCACCUCGUGGCUCUUCCAGCGUAUCGUGCCACCGAUUCUCUCCUUCUCGCUCGGCAGCCUCGGGUUCCUCACCAACUUUGAGUUCGCACAGUACAGGCCCGCGCUCGACAAGAUCAUGUGCGAAACGGGUAUGCGCGUAAACCUGCGCAUGCGCUUCACAUGCACGGUAUACCGGUACCAGAAGAACGCCGCGGCCCAAGGCUCACCAUCGCACAUUGAAGCCGAGCAAUUCGAGGUCCUCAACGAGCUCGUCAUCGACCGCGGCCCAUCGCCCUACGUCUCGAACCUCGAGCUCUACGGCGACAACAACCUGCUGACCGUAGUCCAAGCCGACGGCGUCAUCUUCUCCACGCCCACAGGCUCGACCGCCUACUCCCUCUCCGCAGGCGGCUCGCUCGUGCACCCAGACAUCCCCGCCAUCCUCCUCACCCCCAUCUGCCCGCACACCCUCUCCUUCCGCCCCAUGCUCCUCAACGACAGCAUGCUCCUCCGCAUCGCGGUCCCCCUCAAGUCGCGCGCAACCGCCUACUGCGCCUUCGACGGCAAGGGCCGCGUCGAGCUCCGCCAGGGCGACCACGUCACCAUUGCCGCUUCCCAAUACCCUUUCCCCACUGUCCUCUCCCAGCCCACAGAGUGGUUCGAUAGCAUCAGCCGCACGCUACGCUGGAACUCGCGCGGCGCGACACAGAAAGCGUGGGACGGUGACGAGGACGGCGAGGAAGCUGAGGAGGAGAAAGAACCGGAUUUCGACAUCGACUUUGACAAUGACGACGUUGAUCGCGAUUCUGGAUACAGUGCUGAGGGCAGCACGGUGGAUGGCAGGGGGAGUCCGAUGAGGAAGGGUGUUGUGCUGCCUUUCUUGUAG